GCAAAUCGUUACACUUAACAAUUUACCAUCUUUAAUUUGUUUGUACAUAAAACAGAAAAAGAAACGACUUUUUUUCGCAAUAAUCACACCGCAAUUUCCGAAGCAGAAGCAGAAGCAGCAGAGGGACUCUCACCCUCCACCUGCUGCGUUUCAUCGCCGGCGCCGCCAUUUGCAUACCCACAAACGCAUAAACACUCACUGUUUUUGCUGUGGCGGGACGGGUUAACUCAAGAUGGGUGCAAUAAAGUCUGCCGUUGCUGAUGGGGUGCUCACGUUUAUGUGGGUUUUCUGUGCUUCAACUUUUGGAGUUCAGACGUCCGUCAUAGCGACUGCGCUUGGGGUGCAAGGUGUGGUUUACGCCUCCCUCUUUAUCACUACUUUUAUUGUGUUCGUCUUUGUCUUCGUUUUUAGCUUGAUCGGGAAUGCGUUUGGUGGGGCCACUUUCAACCCAACUGGCACUGCCGCCUUUUACGCCGCCGGUAUUGGCGGAGACAGCCUCUUUUCAAUGGCUCUCCGCUUCCCAGCACAGGCAGCAGGCGCUGUUGGUGGUGCUCUGGCCAUCAUGGAGGUGAUGCCAAAGCAGUACAAGCACAUGCUUGGGGGACCUUCUCUGAAGGUUGACGUGCAUACCGCAGCCAUUGCUGAAGGGGUGUUGACUUUUCUUAUUACCUUUGCUGUCCUUGUAAUUAUCCUUAGGGGUCCUCGGAGCUUGAUAUUCAAGGCGUGGUUGCUUGCUAUGGCAACUGUAGCAUUGGUGGUUGCAGGGUCAGCUUACACCGGGCCUUCUAUGAAUCCUGCAAAUGCGUUUGGGUGGGCGUACGUUCGCGGCUGGCACAACACUUGGGAGCAAUUUUAUGUUUAUUGGAUAUGCCCUUUCAUCGGAGCAAUAUUGGCUGCCUGGAUUUUCCGCGUGAUUGUUCCACAGCCAGCUAUCAAAGCCAAGAAGAAGAAAGCAAAGAAAGCCUAAUAUUCUACAGUUUAGGUGAUAAGCUUCAAACGUUUCAUGUAAUAAGUAUUGUUUCUUAAGAUCUGGACGGUAUUGUUAAUGUCCAGUGAAGUUUCUCUCUUUAAUGGUAAGUACUGCAUAUUGUCUCUCUUUAUGUUUGCAUUUUUUUAGACCGUAUGAAUUCAGGAAGUUCUUUAUU